AAAUUGGUUAUUUUUGAUAAAGAUGGAACUCUUAUUUGUUUUCAUACUAUGUGGGCUCCAUGGGCUAAAACAGUUGCUGAAAGUAUUGCUAAGGCAAGUGAAUUGGAUAUUGAAGAGAAGGUAUUUGAUUUGCUAGGGUACUGUACAACCACACAGAGAAUUUAUCCUGGACUAUUAGCUGAGGCCACUAGUUUCAUCAUUCAGACUGAGCUGGUCAAGUUACUGAGUGCUGAGGGAUUGUCAACUGAGAGAGCUUGGGAGAUUAUAAAGGCCUCCUGGAAUGAAGGAGAUGAUGAUGAUCCAGCCUUGUUGAAAGCUAUCACUGACUUACAGACACUGUUUAAAAUACUUCGACGUAAUGACAUCAAAAUAGCAGUUUGUACCUCAGAUUCCAGAAAAGGCACUUUGACCACCUUAAAGACCUUAGGUCUGGAUCAGUACAUAGAUAUGAUUGUUUGUGGAGAUGAUACUAACACUCAACCUAAACCUAAACCACACAACGCUUGGAAAAUUUGCGGUAAAUUGGAGAUUGAGCCAGAACAUGCUGUAAUGGUUGGUGACACUCAAGCAGACGUAGGAAUGGGCAGAUCAGCCAAGCUGGGAUUAAGUAUUGGUGUUCUCAGUGGAAUUGGAGGGACUGAUGACUUAAAGGCAGAAGCUGAUCAUAUUAUUCGAGAUGUCAAAGAUAUUUUGCCUUUGAUAUUACCCCAUAAAGAUUGGAGGGAGUACUAUGCUUAUUCUGCCAAUGAUCGGGUGUUACUGGAACCCUAUGAUGGUUUAGAAGAAUCGUUAGAGACAACACAGCUGCAUGAAAACAAGCAAUAUUCCAAGAUGGUUGAUCUUGUUAUAUUUGAUAUUCAUGGCACUCUGAUGUGUACCCACAGUAGAUACAGUAAAUGGAUGGAAAAAUUGUCAGAAAGGUAA